CUGAGGCACCGGACGUCGCGGCUGUGGCUGUCGGGCGGCGAAGCUGGAGCGGCGGUGGCGGCGGCGGCGGGAGGCCGGGGCUGAGGCCGGGGCCGGGGCUGUGAGGCCCGCGGGGCGGCAGGCGGCGGCAGCGGCCCGGGGCUCGAGCCCGGACGCGGGAGCGGCCGCCAUGGCCGAGAGCAUCAUAAUCCGUGUUCAGUCCCCGGACGGGGUGAAGCGGAUCACAGCGACAAAGAGAGAGACGGCCGCCACGUUUCUGAAAAAGGUCGCGAAGGAGUUUGGCUUCCAGAAUAAUGGUUUCUCAGUUUACAUCAAUAGAAACAAGACUGGAGAGAUAACAGCAUCAUCCAACAAGUCCCUCAACCUGCUAAAAAUCAAGCAUGGCGAUUUGUUGUUCCUGUUUCCCUCGAGCCUGGCCGGACCCUCGUCAGAAAUGGACACGUCCGCCCCACUGAGGUUGAAGGCCUUCGGCGCGCCCAGCGUGGUGGAAGAUGAGAUCGACCAGUACCUGAGCCGACAGGAUGGGAAGAUUUACCGGAGCCGCGACCCGCAGCUGUGCCGACAUGGCCCGCUGGGGAAGUGCGUGCACUGCGUUCCUCUGGAGCCCUUCGACGAGGACUACCUAAACCAUCUGGAGCCGCCCGUGAAGCACAUGUCCUUCCACGCCUACAUCCGGAAGCUGACCGGAGGGGCUGACAAGGGGAAAUUUGUUGCCCUGGAGAACAUCAGUUGCAAGAUUAAAUCGGGGUGCGAGGGACACCUCCCAUGGCCCAAUGGCAUCUGCACCAAGUGCCAGCCCAGUGCCAUCACGCUGAACAGACAGAAAUACAGGCACGUGGACAAUAUCAUGUUUGAGAACCACACAGUCGCCGACCGCUUCCUUGACUUCUGGAGGAAGACAGGGAACCAGCACUUCGGGUACUUGUACGGCCGGUACACGGAGCACAAAGACAUUCCUCUGGGCAUCAGGGCCGAGGUGGCCGCCAUUUACGAGCCUCCCCAGAUUGGGACACAGAACAGCCUGGAGCUUCUCGAAGACCCAAAAGCCGAGGUAGUGGAUGAAAUUGCUGCCAAGCUCGGCCUGAGGAAGGUUGGCUGGAUAUUCACGGACCUCGUCUCGGAGGACACCCGGAAGGGCACCGUCCGGUACAGUCGGAACAAGGACACCUACUUCCUGAGCGCAGAGGAGUGCAUCACCGCGGGCCACUUCCAGAACAAGCACCCCAGCGCGUGCCGGCUCUCCCCGGACGGCCACUUCGGGUCCAAGUUCGUCACUGCGGUGGCCACAGGUGGUCCCGACAACCAGGUCCACUUUGAAGGGUACCAGGUGUCCAACCAGUGCAUGGCGCUGGUGCGGGACGAGUGCCUGCUGCCCUGCAAGGAUGCGCCUGAGCUCGGCUACGCCAAGGAGUCCAGCAGCGAGCAGUACGUGCCCGAUGUGUUUUAUAAGGACAUCGACAAGUUCGGCAACGAGAUCACCCAGCUGGCCCGCCCGCUGCCCGUGGAGUACCUGAUCAUAGACAUCACAACGACUUUCCCCAAGGAUCCAGUUUAUACUUUUUCUAUUUCGCAAAAUCCAUUUCCUAUUGAAAACCGGGAUGUAUUGGGUGAGACACAGGACUUCCACAGUUUGGCCACCUACUUGUCGCAGAACACCUCCUCCAUGUUCCUGGACACCAUCUCAGAUUUCCACCUCCUGCUCUUUCUGGUCACCAACGAGGUCAUGCCUCUGCAGGACAGCAUCAGCCUCCUGCUGGACGCUGUGCGGACCAGGGACGAGGAGCUCGCGCAGACGUGGAAGAAGUCGGAGCAGUGGGCCACCAUCGAGCAGCUCUGCAGCACGGUCGGGGUGCAGCUUCCGGGCCUGCACGAGUACGGAGCCGUCGGAGGCCCCUCGCACGCCGCCACGGCCGCCAUGUGGGCCUGCGAGCACUGCACCUUCAUGAACCAGCCGGGCACCGGUCACUGCGAGAUGUGCAGCCUCCCCAGGACCUAGGGCCCGCCCCAGCCCGCUCUGACGCCAGGGGCUUGGAGCUGUGCCUCCCGGGGCCGCCCUGAAGGGCAGGGCGGGGCGGCUGCCCUGGGGCCUCUGGCUCGUGAAGCCUCCCGGCACCAGGCUUCCCUGGAGGAUGGAGCCGCGCUGGUGCUCUGCCCGCUGAACCCAGGCUUGCCCCGGAGGAGCGGGGCGGCCCCCACGGGCUCCUCGGUCUAUCCGCCUGCGGAGGAGGGCGGGGUGCUUGCUGCUGCCACCAGCUUCCUCCUCCUUUCUGGACGCUGUUUGUUCUCGCCCCUCCCCCAUUGUGGCUGGGGCUCCUGCUGGCCUCUGUCCCUGCCGCCCUGGGGCAGGCCCGCCCUUGGGGGCCGCUCCUCCCCUCUGGUAGCCAGUGUCCAGUGGCGACGCAAGUGACCACAGGCGCGCCGGCCUCUGUCCGCUUGGUCUGCAGUUACUUUGCCGCCCACCCUCUUCCUGCUCCCACCUGAUGUCCAGGUGGGACCUCAAAGUUGGCAUUGGUUGUAAUAACAGUUCUCAGUAAUUUCUGCCCAGGAGACUUAUUUAUUUUUUUUAAGAUAAAAAGUUCAUAAAAGGGGAGUGAGACAGACUAAGUUGCCACUUCCCUCGAGUGAGGCCCUGUCGGGGUGUGCAGGGUGGG